UUCAACAUAAAUGUGUGUAAUGAACAAUGACCAGAAGGAUUAUUCAUUGCGGGAACACAAGGAUUUUUUAAAUUAUUUUCUUAUUGUUUUACGUAAAUAAUUUAUAGUUAAUAUAUAUUUUAAAAAGUUAUCGCAAUAAAUUAUUUAAGAAAUAGAUUUAAAUAAUAUUUAAACAAAUCUAUAAAAAAUGUUUUAAAGUAAUUUUUGCUAAACCAAGUCAAAUAAGUUUGCAUCCUCUUUUUCUCGUGCACUGUAAAAAUCCAGAAACUUUUGAUAUUUAGGUUAACUCUGCUCGAUAAAACUACGUCAUAAAGAUUGUAAGAACUCUUUCUCAAUCGCAGUUCCUCGAAAAGUAACGCUAUUCAUAUUCUAGCCCUAAUUUAAGUUUACAAAUUCACAUCACGUAGCUAUGUCUCAUGCAACUUUCCUUCAAUCUCUCGUACGCCUUCGAGAUGAUUUAUGAAAGGAUACCUCAUUUUCAAAAUACAAAUUUUAUCAUAUAAAAAAAAAUAGAGAAUAUCACCGGAGCGCUAAAUGACAGAAAUAAUAAAAAAGUUUUUGCUUUUAACUAUUGCUGAUGUUUUGAAGGCAAAUUCUUCAAAAAAUAUAAAUAAGAAUAUUACAGUACCUUUAUCUCAAAAAAAAAAAAAAAAAACUUGCCAAAAAUAUCGUGAAAGCAUACAAAAAAACACUUAUUUACAAAGACAAAUAUGUUUAUAAAACCGUGACCAGUUGACAAUUUCUUUUUUAAAAGUUAUUGUUUUACGAAAUUUUAGAUGAAUUUUUAACUGAUACAUAUUACACGGUUCUGUAUGUGUUGAUACAGAAUCUAUAUUAAUAUUUAUCAUGAUAAAAAUAAUAUUAAAAUGCAAAGCGAUCGCUUUGUAGCGAAAGCAGCAGGAUACGUGUAUUCAUAAAGCCCUGCAAAACAGUAGAAUACAAUUUCGUUAAAAAAUCUUCAAUAUUUAAACGCCCCUCUGUCUUCUGACACUAAUAGCAAACGUCCUGCCUCACUUUUAUUCAAAUUAUCCGAAAAAUGCAUAUCGUGGAAGACAUGCAUGGUCGAUCACGAUCAAGGGGACGCAAUCGCGCUUCUACGUUGUUUGCCUCUUGACAUCUUCCAUCCGUCAAUUUUCCAUCCACGUAAAACCGCUCGCCUAUAACCCGGCAGAUUUAUCGCGCCGAUCUCGAUGAAAUAUUCAUCACGUCGCGGACAGACUCGCGAGAAGACGGGAUCCUCGAAUGUCCGGCGGGAGCGCAUCGUUCACCGAUACGGCGAUACAGGACAAGCUGGAGCCACCGAGAUCGCUGCACGGUAUCGAGGAUGCCGAGGUCAUUUGGGACACGAUCACACGGCGAUUCCCGAAUGCGGCGCCGCUUCUCUGCGAGAUGGAAACGGUGAUCGAACGGGCGGAGGAUCUGCUGCAGCAGCUCAGAACGCCUUGCACUCAGGAAAAUGGUAUGCAUUUCCUCGAAGCCCGGGGUCAGGCGAUUUCUCUCUUCGUGUCUCUCCGCGGGCACGCGCAUAAACGCGGACAAAUCAACGAGGCUCGGAGAAUUUUAGUGUACUCAAUUUAACAUGUUUUACGAUUUAACACGUUUAAAAUAACGAGCUUAAGCUUGAAAUUAAUGGUUACAAUAGCGUGAUCCAAUUAUGCAAAUAGCCUGCAUUUAUUCGUGCAUUCGGCUAACCUCAUUGUAAUUAUCACGUUAUUAAAUUAAUGGUAUACAUGAUAGAACGGGAAAUACACAAAUAAUUUAUUCACGAGGAAGAUUUAUCUUUCAUAGAAAUGUACGGUAUAAGCGAGACCUACAUCCAUUUAUCCUUUCAAUUGUAUCACGGACUUAUUGACCAAAUUGUUAUCUGGAAUAAUCCUUCAUUUGCUUCAUUUUGUAAAUCUACCGUUUAAUGAUUAAAGAGUGCUUAUUCGAAAAUUUGCGACGUAAUCUGACGCGGCGCCGAUCGCGUAAGCUGAUUUAAAACUAAAUUUGCUGCAUCCGCACCUUUCGAUUGUACAAUUUAUUUGACAAUUUGAUCGAAUUAUUGCGCAUAAUAAUUUUUCGUGUCACGUGAUUCCAAGUAUAUUCUGGAAAUUUUUGCGAAUUCUGAAUCUGAAAUUUACAACGGUGCAAUAUUGUCUAACUUGUGCUAGUUCGUGGGAUCUGACGCUCAUCUGAUAUUACAGACACGUCCAGCUCGUUUCACACACCGGAUUCCCGGGAAUCUAACGCGACGAUUUCGAUGGUAUCCGACAUAGAAUCGUUCGUCGAAGAAACGAAUGUACGUAGCUUCCUCCUGACACUUCCCGCUUAUUGUUACACGUUGUUGUUGCUCGCUGUCUUAAAGAAAAAAAUAAAUAAAUAAAACAAUACGUGCCUUUUUCCAAGAUUUUGGAACAUCGCAAAGCCACCGAGAAUGUUGAAACGCAUUUUACGGUACAUGAUAUUCACGAAAAGCGGGCGGAUUUAGAGUCUCAGCAUCAUAGUGAACAAUCCAUUCAGUGCGAGAAGAAACAUCCCUGUCAGGGAUAUCAUUUGAAUUCACCUCCAAGAGUCGACGAGGUCGUUCAACAUUUCAAAACGAGUUCGAUGAAUAAAUGUCACAAUUCCCAGGGGAAAUCAGACAGUAACGUAAAGGAUAAUGCUGACAAAGCAAUCGUUGUUAGUUCGGAAGAAAGUAAGUUGUGACAUGGAAUAGUUAGAAAAAGAAUAAUAUAGUCUUACAGUGAUAUAUUCGGACGUAGAAAGAUUUAUAACAGAUUUCUUGUGUCCGUAUGUGUAUGUGCGCACUUCAAUGCAUGCGAUUGCGUUUGUAAUGUAGGACUGAUGAAAGCAAUAGAUGAAACGAAUAGUUUGGAGGCAUGGGCGAAAAUGACUGAGAACGCAUUGCAAGAUUGGCAUGACGACGUGGAAGGUAUAACAGUUUAUUUUGCAAUUAAUAAUACGAACGAUAAAUGUUGUUUCAAUCGUCUCAGAUGACAACAAUUCGGAAAAUCGUCCAAAUGUCGAGGGGAAUACCGAUAACCAUUCGUCGAUGGUCGACAGUGAUGACAAAACUGACGAUAAAAAGGUAAUUAUAGUUAUUGAGAUGCUUAAUGUUAUAUUUGUAAUACUAAUAUUUAUAAUAUAGCCGAAUUAAAUAAAGCGCAUUGAACAUGCAGCUUUUGAAACAGAUAAAGCUUAUAAGUAUACAUUUUUUAAAUUUCUUAUUUUAUCUUUUUAUGUACAGUUAUUGAGAUACUUAAUUUUAUAUUUGUAAUACUGGUAUUUGUAAUAUAGCCAAAUAAAAUUAAGCGUUUUGGACACGGAGCUUUUAACGCGGAGCUUUUGAAACAGACGGAGCUUAUAAAUAAACAUUUUUUUAAUUUCUUAUCUUAUUUUUUUAUUUAUAAUUAUUAAGAUACUUAAUGUUAUAUUUGUAAUACUGAUAUUUAUAAUAUAGCCGAAUUAAAUAAAGCGCAUUGAACAUGGAGCUUUCAACGCGGAGCUUUUAAAACAGAGCUUGUAAAUAAACUUUUUAAAAUUUUUUAUUUUAUUUUUUUAUUUAAUUAAGCGUGGAUAAAAUGUGAAUUUUUUGAUUUACCUAAAAUUUCAUUUUUUAUAACUAUUACUGUCGCUUUAAAAAUACAAACGUUUAAAUAAUAUAGGUCAGUGUUGAGAAGUGUUCCAUGGCAACUGCGAAUCGUCGCUCAUCGCUUGCUAUCCUUGAAGAGUACGCAAAGCGAUGCAAAAUGCCGAUCAAAUACGACAAUACAAAAUCGAGUAAAAACCUGUGCGUGAUAAACGGUUACCUGCAUGGAUUUCGCGGUAAAUGCUGAGUAACUUAUACAAACAGAUUACACGGAAUAUUAUCACCCUCAUCGUGCACGUUGAGUAUUUUACUUUUUUAUCCGGUAACACCGUAGAUUAUUCACUGCAGUUAUUCCUUAUAACGAUCAUUUUAAUAACUUCCAUUUAUCGUUCAUAUAAAAUGUUGCAAGUGCUUCCUCACACGUUGUUAAACAUAGUUUGGAUAAUGUGCCAGCAAUGUCGUGUGCCGAGACCCAAGAUCAGGCCAAAAAUGAAUUGGCAGCAAAAAUAUUGUGGAACAUAGCCGAGUAUCAGAUGAAUGGUUCGAAACUUUCUGCCUGGGGAUUAUUAGAUUUCUCGAGAGAGGAGAUGUUAGAGAUAAUAGAAGUUAAUAAAAACGAGUUGAAGAACGCGUCGCAAAAACUUUACACGUUUUGUCUUGAGAAAGGGAAACCUGUUCCAACGUAUAAAGUUAAACAGAAAUCAACACCUCAAGGAUUUACAUAUACGGCUACAUGCGUAGCUUUAGGUCUUAAUGAAGUUGGACAAGGAGUCAGGGAAGGUAGAGCUAAGAUUGCUGCUGCAGAAAAAUUAUAUCAGAAAUGUAUUGAGGCAGAACGGCAAUCAACAUAAGCUCAAAAAUUGUGCAUUGUUACAAUAUAAUGAUUAUUUCUUUUGGUUUAUCUUUAAUAAUAAAAUUUAAAUAGAUAAUACAUCAAAAUACAUAUAACAGUUAAGUUUUAUAUAAUUAAAAUUUUUUAUUCGA